CCUCGGGAGCAGGAAGUAGCUGGAGGUGGAGGCAGGCCUGUGGACAAUCAGCAGACUGGGCUCUGUGUUUGAGCACUGCUAGGGGGAAACAUGUCAUCUGAGCAGUUUGAAAAGCUCCACGAACUGUAUAAAGAUUUCUAUGGCAGUUUACGGAGGAUCCCUCCCAUGCUGCAGAGCUGCCGUGGAGGUGAAUGUAGAAAAUGGGAAUAAUUAAACAAUUGCUAUAUCUGAAUAUCUUAAUUAUUUAUUUAGUAUGUUGACGUCUGUGAAAAAGGGAGAGGGAGAGAACAAUAACUGGAUUUGUUCCUUAAAUCAUACAAAUAAUGGAUAAUUACCCAGGGAGGUUGCAAAUGUUUUACAGAAUGUAAUGCUUUGUAAUGUAAUAUAAACUAGAUCUCUGCUGUUUGCUUUUACUUUUGUUAUUCCCUUUGCAGUGCUGCUUAUUUCUUAAAGGUAUAUUCAUUAAAGGGGUUUAUUUAGUUAAAUCCCAACUGAGUUGUUAGGCAGAAGUAGCUGCUGUGGGAAAUUCUCUAACUUGGCUAUAAAUAAACAUUUUGGAUUUUAUUUUUAUUUUCUGCCUGAAUUUUUUUUGCCAUUUAGACAUGCUUACUCCAAUUUUGAAGUUUAGUGAAUCAACCCCCUCAAGUGGGAAUUGUUUGGGAUUUCAUAUUUUACACUAAAAUGGCUCGACUGAAAACAACUCUUGUGCUAUUCUUUCAAUUUGGCUAAUUUAGUCUAUAAUUUUUGAAAUUCACAUUUUAUGACAAAUGAAUAACCCUUUCUGUUAAGCAAAUAAAUUCAUAAGAUGUGUGAUUUGAGCAUUUAGCAUAGCUGGAUGAUUGAGUGCAGGAAUUGAGAAAAUUGGAAAUUAGACGAUUUGUGACUUAUAUAAUCUGCAGUUUUCACCUAGGUAUUUUUGAAACUUUUAAUGCAGUCGUUUUUUCAUAAACCUCACAUAUUCUAUUUUUAGUAAUAUCCCAAGAUGUGUGUUCAAGUAGAUCCAUGAAUGCCAAAAUAUCUGUCUUGUUUUCCAUGUUGUACGGUCAUAUUUGUAACAUGGGCAUUUCAGUUUUAAAACUUGGAAUUCUGACGGUGGACAUGUCUUAUUUGCAUUUGGUUCUGUGUAUAUACCGAGGACAAGACCAUUUAUGAAACUGUCAUUAAAAAAACUCCUGUAUUUUUUGUUUUAAAGUGUUAGCAGAUAACUAAAUGAGUUCUUUCUCCUGCAAUUAAUUAUUGACUUCUCCCAUCCACUACUUACUAUUAGGAUAUCAACCAGAAAACAUGAUUGUUCAUUUAAUCCCCAGUCGGAUUCUCUCUAAUGCUAGGAGAAGCAGUCAUGCUUAGUAGUCACUCACUGAGCUCACCAAUCAUUAUGUAAACUUACCUACUGUUGUCCCUUGACCUCUUCUAAUGCUCCCUGAAGACUUAUAUGUUCAAAUUGGAGGCCACACUGUUAGCCAUGUAAUCAGUCUUGAGGCAUGUAGAACCUUCAAGACAGUGCUUGUGGUUUCCAAGAGGUGAAGAUAUCGCUCAUUAAAGAGGCCAAUACCAUUCAUUAUUUGGAAAAUUCUCUAGAAGUUAUAGCUGCUAAUAACAUAGCAUAUUUUUUAAUGCGUUACGUAAACUCUGAUCCUGAUCCCCGUCCUCCUUUAAUGUCUAAUGCAUUAUAGAGAUAAAAAGCACUAAAAUACAAUAAGCUGAUAGGUCAUAAACUCUCUCUUCCGUCUAAAAUCAGAAGGAUGUUCACCAUCAGUUUUGAAGAAUAACAACAAAAUCCGCAAUGGUCAAUUAUGCGACUAUUACGUGAUGAAUUGAAUUUGAACCAAUUUUUGGACUACAAAACCAGGGUGCGACUAUUAUGCGGUGAAAUACGGUAUGAAUGCAGAUAUAAUAUUGAAUAUAUAACAUGAGGAAUUUUUUUUUUUAUCUAUAGACAAUGAUAGCUGUCUUGGUACUGCUGUAUAGCAUCAUAUAAUGUGGAGUGUGGUAGGGGACUUAAAAUCAUCAGAGAAAACUCUGCUGACUGGUUUGUGGCUUAAACAAUAUCUGCUACUGUAACGGAUCAUCUGGCACCCGACUGGGUACCUCCGUUGACAGAUGCUCCUAGUGCUUCUCGAGGGCUCCAAUCACUCCACUAGACACCAUAAGCAUUGCAGACUCCUUGAACCACCGCAGCUUGGUUGGGGUGUCGCCAUCUCCUACCCACCCUGGACCUACGAAUAGGCUCCAGGUUCCAGUGGGUGAACCUCUUUCCCCAGAGAGUGAAGCAGGAACAGCUCUUACAAGAGCUAGUGAUUAUUCAAGGGAGUAUGAUGAGCAUAGCAAUCCCUUGUAGCAGUUUCCCCCAAUAAGAGACAGGACUCUAGAUUGAGGGUGAAGUAGAACAGACGGUUUAUUGCCACAGCCUGGAAUAUAUACAAUUUGUCAGGCCAGAGGCACACCCCCUGGACCUGAUGGAAAACAGGGACAAAAGGAACAUAAACCAAUGGGAACAAUAAUUAGCACUGUAACACUCCCACAUCCAGUCAGCAAUCCCUUCCCUAUGCCUGUGAUAUAAUGAAGGUAGCUAAUGUACUAACUUAAUUAUCCACAGACAGAAAAUACACAUUUUUACCCAAAGUACAGAAACACCCCAAAAUCCAACAUAUCCCCAUAAAUUAUACAUCCCUGGAUAGCCCUGAUCUGGGUGAACAACAUAUCUUAAAGUGCUGUUCGAAUUGUCGAACACCGUUCGACUCCCGGAGAAGGUAAAGUUCAGCGGCGUUCAUGCCAUCGCGUGUCCGAUUUGAGUUCCAUGAACUCGAUGACAACACCACUGAACACGGUCGACUAAACAAGAUGGCCGCCGUCACGUGUUCGACUAUAUGAAUGGCGACCACCCAGCCGUUUGUCAAUUUGGCUGCGGUUAACUACCAGCCUGGGAGGUAAAUAGGCUGCACACUCCACGUGUGUGUGUGUGGUUCGGUGGUUAGAAGUUCCACUUCGAAAGUUUAAAGAGGCAUUGUGCCACGUCCCAAUAGGCACAAAUAGUAUAUUUAAUCACAGUAAAUUAAAGGGGCCAUAGUCACAGAGCAAUUGGCUGGCAAGUAGUCCCCUCCAAGAACGCAUGGCAAACUCCCUUAAAAAGGGGAGUUUGUCACAGCUACAAUGCCAUUUAAACCCUAAAUCCCAGUCAGCUAUCACAGUAGAAAGCAAAAUAAACCAACAGAAACUAAAAACCUUAGCAACACUGGAGAAGAAGCCCAUUGUUUCCGUCAACAGGCCGAGCAGUUCAAGUAUAAAGUUCCCCAGCAGGCUCAAAUGGGGUGAUGUUUGUUACAACCGAUGCUGGAGAACCCCAAGCAGGUGGAGAUCCCAUGUCCAUAAUAAUGUGGAUCUAAAUAAGUCAGAGUAAAAGGACAAUGAAUAUUGUUCGACUUCAAAAAUGUGGGAAUCUCUGACCUAAUUUGUUAGACUGUGAUAAACUAGCAGCAUUAUAAUUUAAUCAAGGAAUAAACCGUUGCUUACUCUGAAUCCUUAGUAAGGAGACUUCAGCGAGGAAGCUCAUUUCUUAUACAACUAAAGAAAAAUAUAGUAGGCUUUGAGAAACGCACGCCAUCAUGGUAAUCUCCAUAAAGAUGGCAAGAGAACUUUAAUCUACACUUUAUAGAAAAAAUCUAAAGGGGAGUCUAAUAGUGAUGUCCCGAACGGUUCGCCGCGGACUCAUCAUUGAGUAAACUUUGACCUUGUACCUCACAGUCAGCAGACACAUUCCAGCCAAUCAGCAGCAGACCCUCCCUCCCAGAUCCUCCCACCUCCUGGACUGGCUAUGGCUUUAAUAUUUGGCACAGUUAGCUACCUAAUCUAUCAUUAUUGAGGUAUUAUAAGCCCUUUGCCAAUAAUGCUGUAUAUUUGACAACCUACAACUGUGACUGUUAGCUUGUCUUUACGGAACACCUUAUAUAUUAAAAACAUUUUUUUUGUCAAGGCUUCGUAGGAACUGCACAUACAUGGUGACAUACUAUACCGACAAUACAGGUUUCUUUUUACAGCCCUUGGUCGAAGAGGCAAAAGACAGCAUCACAGGAGUAUUCACCCAUGUGCUCAUUUAGAACGUGUUUUAUUUCACUUGCACCACUACAAACUAAACAUUUUUGAUGAGCCUAUCAGAUAUGGAAAUUGUCAUUACUGGAUGAAGAAUGAAUGUGAAAAACUAAUGUAGGAUUUCCUUUAAUUUUUAGAAGAGAAAAAUGAGUGCUUGUCCAACAACUUUUAAUAUUGAACCCAAGUUCAGCUGCUUUUUUUUAAAAAGUCAUGAUUACUGUUUGGUGACAGUUUUCUUAGUUGUUUUUUGUUUUUUUUUUAAUCUUUUUAUUUUUUAUUCUUUGCAGAGGAGAAGAAAAGGCUUUUGCGCGAGUUUGAUGAAAAGCAACAGGAAGCAAAUGAAAUGGUGAGUCUCAUCUAAUCUUUCACCUAGGCAAACAAUGAUGGGGGUUUAGUUACAUUAUAUGAUCAUACAUUGCAUAAGCCUGCCAACUACGUCAAAGUACCCCAUAUUCGGCAGGUCCUAUCCUAGUAGCAGCCUAAUGUUUGCUCUUAUAAGAUUAAUCCACUUACUUGGGGAAUACUUCCUUACUGGGACUCUCUGCAAGUCAAGGCUAAAUAGGGUCCUGGAAUGAGACACCUGUAACAGAGGGGUGCAAAACCAAGGAGUUGGCCUGGGCACCCCUGAUCUAACUUAAACAUUCUGCUAAAAGAAACCAUGAAAAAGCUUGUAUGUCCAUGGCAGACCAUCUGCUAGUAAGUCAAUUUAUGAAAAAACUAUGUAUUCAUCAAAAAGAAUGUUCUUGUCAUACCUGUGUAUCAUAAAUCAUUACUUAUCUGGAUCUACAAGCUUACUCUCUUGUGGGUGUUGUAUGCUUUUUUGUUUUUCUUCUUUUCUUGUGCCCUUUGUCAUUUUUAUUUGAGCUGCCUUCCCUGACCUUUUUGGAUUGUUUGAUGACAAUCUUGGAUGCCCCUAAUGGUAACUUACCGUUCCAUCCCCUCUACUACUGAUUUAAUGAAGAACAGUUAUUCUCUUUUGUACAGAUGAACUAGACGUCUUGCAUUUUAUAGCCUCCGUGUUCUACUCAAUACUAGAUUUGUUUUGUUUGCGUCUAUAUUUUCCAGCUUGUGGAAAUGGAAGAGGAAUUGAAAUACGCCCCACCAUCUUUUCGACAUGAAAUGAUGAGCAAGCUGCGGACCUAUAAAAAAGACCUUGUUAAACUGCAAACAGAAGCAAAAGUAACUAUUUCUGAGGAUUAUAGUCACGGAGCUUACAACAUAGAAAAUGAGACUAUUGUGAGUAUUCAUCUAGUUAAGUUUAAUUUUUUCCCCUCAUUUAUAUGCCUAACAAUUUCAGCCCUUAAACACAACCUUGAAUGGUAAAAUAUACUUUUUGUUAUUUGAAAUGUUUGCAGAAUGCGCAACACAAGCACAAAAUAUCCCAUAUUUUAUAGGUGUUGUGCCCCGUAUUGUCUGCAUUUAAAAAGGUGUUAAACUCACCUUCAUUCCAGUGCCGCUCCAAUCCCAUUAUCGCUCUUUUAUAAGAGAAAUUGAUGUUUAUUGAUUUUAAAAAAAAUUUCUUCAAAAGCGCACGUUUUUUUUUCAUUUCAUUUCUAAGUUUGACACAUCUGAUACUGAAAAUCAUAUUGCGAAUGGUUAGUAUAUAUUUUGUAAUGUUUAUAUUCACAGUGCCUACAAACCUCUCCGUUCAGCAAGUAAAGACAUAGCUUGAUACACAACUUGGGACAGUAGGUUUUCAGAUGUGUGCCUGCAAGCUUACAAUCUAAUUCUAAAUGACGAUUUCUCAACACCUUCAGGGCUGUCUUUGGGUGUUUAUGUUGCAGACCCUUUGUAUAGAUUUUGAGAAUCUGUAGAGAUUUCAUUAUAUAAAACACAUUUAUCUGUCCAGUACUGCACUUGUACCAAAAUCCAUUUAAUAAGAAUGACGUUGGAUGAAGUUUAUUAUUCACAGAUCUGAUUCUUUUACAGACCCCAUUGAAGACCCAAAGAGCACUGCUCAUUCAAGGCACACAGAGUUUAAUCCGAACCUCGGACAGUAUUGCAAGAUCCCACCACUUAGCAGCAGAAACGGAUGCCAUUGGCACAGAUAUCAUUGAGGAACUUGGCCAGCAGAGGGAACAAUUGGACCGCACAAAAGGAAGAGUAAGUUACUGGGGACUAGAGCCUUCCUUCGUGAGUAGCUAUAUAGAAUUCACUUACCGUAUAUACUCGAGUAUAAGUUGACCCGAAUAUAAGUCGAGACCCCUAAUUUUACACCCAAAAACUGGGAAAACUUAUUGACUCGAGUAUAAGACUAGGGUGGGAAAUGCAGCAGCUACUGGUAAAUUUCUAAAUAAAAUUAUAUCCCCAAAAAUUAUAUUAAUUGAAUAUUUAUUUACAGUGUGUGUAUAUAAUGAGUGCAGUGUGUGUGUUUGUGUGAUGCGAUGCAGAGCCUUGGGGGGGGGUGGUGGGAAUAUUUAUAAAAAAAUUUAAUUAUUAUUUUAUUUUUUUAUAUAUAUAUUAUUAUUUUAUUAUUAUUUAAAUUUUUAUUUAUAUUUUUUUCGUCCCCCCUCCCUGCUUAUUAGCUGGCUGGGGGGGUUGGGGGGGGGCUCUCAUUCCCUGGUGGUCCAGUGGAUGGGCUGUUUAGAAGGGGGGCUGGCAGAGAGCUGUAACUUACCUUUCCUGCAGCUCUUGUCAGCUCCCUUCUCUCUCCUCCGGUCCGGUCAGCUCCCCUGUAAGUCUCGCGGUCUGAGUGCCGCGUGGAGCAUUGCCACGGUAACCCGUGGCAACGCUCUGACCCUGCGGCUCUCGCGAGACUUACAGGGGAGCUGACCGGAGGAGAGAGAAGGGAGCUGACAAGAGCUGCAGGAAAGGUAAGUUACAGCUCUCUGCCAGCCCCCCUUCUAAACAGCCCGUCCAAGGGGACACUGAUCUAACUAAUCCCACAAAUAAAUGGAACAUGCUGGUGAAAUGUGUUUAGAUGAUUAGACUGAAUGUAGAGAGAAAUCAUAAUGUUGGCCAAAAUGGGAACUCCAGUUUCUCAGGUUCAGGAGAAAGAACUCUGCCUCUCCGUUCUCAGCUGUAAAUAGACAACACCAUUUCUUCAGUGAGGGUAUCCAUAAUGUAUUCAGAAUGUCCAAAAAGAGGGACAAGGGCUAGUCUUGCAAAGACCUUUUUAGCAUAAUAGACCAUUGCACACCAUAUAUGAUACAAUGUUAAAUCAAAUCCAAAGUCCUGGACUGAGUGCAAGAAAUGUUGGGUUUGUCAGACUGUUUUUGACUGAUUUGACAAAAUAUAUAUAGGGAACUAUUGACAUGAAAAGCUCCUCUAAUUCUGCCUACAUGAUGUGAAAGUGUUUUGAAGAGCACUAAAAAGAGACAAUCUACACAGCCACAAUCCCUUCAAAUGGGGAAUGCACAGGCUUUUUGUGGAGAAGGAUGGCAAGACCCACUUCCUCACUCACCUCUCAGAUGCACCUUCUUUACUCCUAGAGCUGGGAAUACCAGGUGGACCCCUUUUGGCAGUGCUCUGACCGAUGUGGUCAUUUAACCAUUUGUUUUUUUUAUUUUUUUAUAAUUCUUUAUUUUUCUUGUGCAUAAAAUAACAUACAAGCUUGCAGAGCCACGACAGCAAAUGUAAGCAUUUCAGCAGUAUUCAAGAACGUGGCAGAAAAAACAGCACAUUUUUUAUAUAUAGUGAGAAUAACUAGCAUUGCUGCAUUCGUAAACUGUAGUGAUAGUAGUAGGCUACAUAUGCUUAUAAAAAUAAUGGUUAUGCAUAGAGUUAAAUGCAUGUGGCAUAGCAUUUAUAAGGCGAGUUAUUGUUAUUUGUUAAGCAGGCUGAGACAUUCGUAAGUGGAGUAUGUGUGAGAGGAAAGAUUAUGCGCCUAGGUUAGUAGAAUGAACGCACUCCUAAGGCUUUCACAUGGUAAAACACAAAAUUAAUAGAAUUUAAGAUUAAUAAUGCCAACGAGUAAACCAAAUAAUAAAGUCCCCUAGGGUCCCCCAAACAUGAGUCCUUCUCCAAACAAGCCGGCCAGCAGAAAAUGAUGCCCCCAUGUUCGCGGCGUGGCUCAGGGUGCCGCAUCUGGUCUUACUGUUAGGAAAUCAGAGGCUCAAUUCGCCCAGGGUGGUUCACCCUAUGCCGCGUUGUGGCUGUGUAGAUCCCUGCUGCGGAUGCCCGUGGUGCCGCUUUGCGGUGCGGCAUCGAUCGGGUGUGUUUGGGGUCGGCUGGCUGGACCUUGCGGCUGGGGUAUAGUCACCCCAGAUGCGGUGGGACCUUGAGGAGGUCUUGUGUUUGGUCUCAUUGGUUCCCUCCGUUUUGCUGCCUUGCGUGGGAGAUGUGCGUGUUUGACUCUCCGCCGCCAUCUUGUGGCCUUGUUCCCAGCCGGAGCUGCUCGUUGUUGCUGAGGGUCGGGUGGAGGCUGUCGGGGUGAGUUGCUUUCCGAUGGUAAUAGGGCACUCUGUUGCAGUCUGUGCUUGAGCUUGAGACAGAAGUCUUGGAAUAUUCGGUCCAGGUUGGACACAUGGUCGUGUUGCACCUCAUGUCUGUCUGAGGACCGCGUAGUCUCCACCAUCUUUGGUGUGCCUCUCAUCUCUCCGGCUAACCCGCCGUGUUGAGGAGGAUCCCCAGGGGUGGACCGGGAUUACCCCCACCGGUCCGGGGGGUGAGGGGGGGGUGCGGGUUGCCUGCUUAUAGCGGUCGGUCAUCAGGUAGCUCCAGACGGGGAGAUCAGCCGCCUCUCCCAUCUGUCGCUCGCCGGGCCGCACACUCUCGGGGUAUAACUGGCCGUCAGUUGUCCGCUCAUGGGCAGCAUCACCGGUUCACCGUGAGGAAUGAGGGCUGGUAAGUCGCUUAAGGUCUCGGUUUAGGGAUGUUUGUGGUCAAGAAAUGCCUUAUUAACUGAGAAUAGUGAGGAGCUCCAGCAUGGCACAUCUUCCCUCCAUGACAGUCAGGACCCGCCCCCCUAUUUGUUUUAUAGCCUGUUUUUUAUUUCUGGCUCCGCAAGCUGUCGUAGAUUGAUUUACAGAUGACCGCCUUUUCUUAUAUACUUUUCUACCAGACGACUACCAUCACCUUGUGUCUCCCUAGUUGAAGCUGACCAAUAUUUAAGCGACUGGAAUAACUGAUUUUAUAUAUACCUUCGUAUCACGUGUGAUUGAUUUUUUUUUUAUUCUUGAAGCAUCUCCUGACCACGAUCACACAUAACACAUAAGUUAGCGGGCUCCAUCAUACUGUUCCUAUUUUAGUUCCUUUUUCUGUAAUAUAUUGGUGAAAUUGCUGACAUGUGUUUACCAGUCUAUACACUUAUUAAAGCGCAACCAAAAUAAAGAAUAUUUAAAAAAAAACUAAAAAAAAACACAACAAUGAUGACUUUCUGUUGUUGUUGCUCAAUUAUUGGUGCUUUGUUGCAUUUGAGAGAGUGGCUUAAAGCACCAUAAUCACUUAAGUGAUUUGAAGGUUGUAUGUGCAGUAUUUCACUAUUAACAUGACUUCUGGGCUGGCUGAUAUCAAUUCUGUGCCCUCCCUUAACUACCAGAGGAGUGUCCCCAAAAUGUUCAUAAUCUACUCAUGAGUGUUACAUUAUUUUGAAAUCAGCUUGCCCCCUUGUCCCAGUUCAUAAAACUGCUGAAGUGCUUUAGAGGUUUGGAGUGUCCCUAUAAGUAGGAAUAUAUAUGUUUUAGAAGUGAAUAUAAUUAGCAAGUGGAAUUUUGCCAGUGGCAGAUAAAUAGUGGGAAAGAGGAAAUGCUAAUAUAUAGAGAAUAACAAGUAACCUUAGUACAAAUGCACAGGAGAGUUAGGUUUCGGGGGUUACCUUCUUUUGGGAAAUGAUUUCAUAACAUAUGAUGUGAUAUGCUGGUGACUGUUAAGAAUUACCUUUCCUUUUUUUUUUUUUUUUUUAAGUUGGUUAACACAAAUGAGAAUUUAAGCAGAAGUCAGAAGAUCUUAAGAUCCAUGUCACGGAAGUAAGUUAUGUUGUAAAAUACAGUCUCUGUUUUGCACUACAGCAAUAUAAAUCAGUUGUUCUCUUAUCAUGUUAAUGUUUGUUUGACACUCACAAAUAAAUUGGAACAAGUAGAUGAAAAGUGUGUAGAACAGGGGUUCUCAACCAGUCCAGGAUUUAGGGAUUAUCUGGGUGUAUCUGAGGUGUUUAGAAAAAAGGGGGGGAGGGGGGAGAGACACCUUUUAGAGUCUAAGGUGUUUUUUUUUUUCUAAAUACCUUACACACCCGGGUAAUCCCUAAAUCCUGGAUUGGUAGGGGGUCCUUGAGGACAGGGUUGAGAACCCCUGGUGUAGAGGGUUAGACUGAAUGUGUAGACAAAGCAUGUUGAAUAGGGACCUAAUGGAAAUGCUUUGCCAGGGAGCCAUUUCAUCCAAUUCUUCCGUGGCAAGUGAAGGUAAUAUUGUGAAAGGAAACUCCUCACUUUUGCUGAAGCUUGAUGGACCAUACCAAGGUCUCACAAACUUUUUUUAGUGUUUAGAUGAUAGGCAUACUAUCUAUAUUAUAAUGUAAAGUCAAACGAACAGCUUCUUGAUCCAAGGAGAGAUGAGUGCCAUUCUAAUCUGGAAAGCACUUCAAACUGUGUUUUUUUUGUUUUGUUUUUUGUCUUCUUUUGGAUCAACAGCAAAUACAGAUAUCACUUUAAAAACAUUCAAUUGAAAUGGAGGUAUUCUCAUAUUUGAAAAUAAAUGGAAAGUGAUUAUAGUGUAGUACAUAAGUUUAAGCCAUAAUGAACAAAAGGACCGUUAAAAACCAACUCACAACCAAAAUUGCACAUAUACAAAGAAAUAGAAAGCAAUGCCAAUAAGGGCUCAAUAACACAGACUAGGUUGGAGGACUACUGUCUCUUUAAUGUCCAGUUCCUCUCAGUCAGUCAAAACUUUCAUACUUUAAGGCUGUAUUAGUUGAAGUGCCCUUGUAAAGUAUUUUUAUAGGUUUGUUAAUAUGGUGAUUUGCUAUUUAAAUCUGUUGUGGACCACAAUUCAUGUCUUGCUCUGCCAACCACCAAAUGAGGUUAAUUAGAGCUAUGUCUUACAUAAACUGUUCAACAAGUAAAUAUACCAAAUAUUAAAUUUUUUUUCUUAUGUGUUCACCCAUGUAAUCUUGUCAAGUUUAGGUCCUUGGUUGUGGCUGUGGAAAACACUUUAUUCAAAAAUAAGCCAUUGUGUAAAAAAAAAAAAAAAGAAAAGAAAAAAAGUACAAACACACACCAACAGGUAGGGAUCAACCGAUUAUCGGUCUGGCCGAUAUUCAGUAUUUUCGUCAAUAUCAGCAUCGGCCUAUAGAGUUGCCGAUAAUACAUACCAGGGCCACCAAGGCCAAUGACAAACCCGAGGGACCCCAGCAAGCUCUUGCUUCCCUUCCCAGCAGCUCCCUUCAACUCCACUGUGUAAAUCUCGCGAGUCCCGCGGCCGUCAGAGCGUUGCCACGGGUUACCAUGGCAACGCUGUGCUAGGCACACUGGCCGUGAGAUUUACACAUUGGUGCUGAAGGGUGCUGCUGGGAAGGUAAUUAAGCGCGUGCUGGGCCCCCACUGCAGAGUCCAUGCCACCGGACCACCAGGGAAUGCCAUAGCCCCCCUCCCUGGCCAGGUAACAAGCAGGGAGAGGGGAAUUUAAAAAAACAAUUUUAAUUUUUUUAUUCUAUUAAAAUGCCUCCCCUUCCCCCCUGCCCAUUUUACACAAAUUACACCCCUACAGAAACACACACACUACACAAAUACACUGCAUUCAUCAUACACACACUACACAAACACACAUUCUGCAUUCAUUAUAUAUACACACACACACGCGCGCUGCAUUCUAUAUAUACACACUACACACACACACUCUGCAUUCUAUAUAUACAUACACUACACACACACACACACUCUGCAUUCUAUAUAUACACACUACACACACACACUCUGCAUUCUAUAUAUACAUACACUACACACACACACACACACACACUCUGCAUUCUAUAUAUACACACUACACACACACACACACACACACUCUGCAUUCUAUAUAUACACACACUAUACACACACACACACACACUCUGCAUUCUAUAUACACACACACACACACCUCUGCAUUCUAUAUAUACACACACUACACACACACACUCUGCAUUCUAUAUAUACACUACACAAACACUCUGCAUUCAUUAUAUACACACACUACACACACACUCUGCAUUCAUUAUAUACACACACACUCUGCAUUCAUUAUAUACACACUACACAAACACACUCUGCAUUACCAUUAUAUACACACUACACAAACACUCUGCAUUCAUUUAUAUACACACACUACACAAAACACACUGCAUUCAUUAUAUACACACACUACACACCGCUCUGCAUUCAUUAUAUACACACACUCUGCAUUCAUUAUAUACACACACUCUGCAUUCAUUAUAUACACACACACACUCUGCAUUCAUUAUAUACACACACUACACACACACACUCUGCAUUCAUUAUAUACACACACUGCAUUCAUCAUAUACACACACUGCAUUCAUUAUAUGCACACACUACACACACACACUCUGCAUUCAUUAUAUACACACACUACACAAACACACACACUGCAUUCAUCAUAUACACACACACACUGCAUUCAUUAUAUGCACACACUACACACACACUCUGCAUUCAUUAUAUACACACACUACACAAACACACACACUGCAUUCAUUAUAUACACACUACACAAACUCACACUGCAUUCAUUAUAUACACACACUCUGCAUUCAUUAUAUACACACUGCAUUCAUUAUAUACACACUACACACACACACUGCAUUCACUUUACGCGCACACUGCAUUCACUUUACGCACGCACACACAGCUCCCCUGUCUAAACACACUGCAUCCAUUACAUGUGGCAUGUAUAUUUUGUGCAUUUACCUUUAGAAAUAAAGUAUUUUUUCAAAAUGGUAAAUGUACAGAAUGUCGGUAAGUUAUCGGCUAUAUGCCUGAAAGUUCACAGAUUAUCAGUAUCUGCUCUAAAAAAAAAAAUCAAUAUCGGUCGAUCCCUACCAACAGCAUGCUCCUUCAAUCUAAAGCGUUUCAUGCUAUGCACUUAUUCAUAAAUAAUGUGAUGAUUAUAAUGGUGCUCCGAGUGUAAAUGUGAUUCUUUAAAUGUUUACUCCAAGCACUAUGACCACUUCAGUGAUUUGUAGUGGUCAUGCUCCCUGGAGUCUGUAUGUGCAGCGUUUCAAUCUGAAACAUACAUACAGAGUUAAAACCCUCUGCUGUCAGAGGUGUAACUCCACCUCCCACACGAUCAAUGGUGCUUCAUUAGCCAACUCAGACCAAGAGUUCCAGGUUAUAAUGUUUAUACUGUGCAUAUUGUAUGUCUGAUGUCGGCUCACAGCUUGCACUGUUGUUGUUUUUUUGUUUGUUUUUUGGUUGGAGUAACACAUUAAAGGAGUUAACAUCCUUUUGAAUAGUUUACCAAACCAAAGCCAAAUGCUGGCAUCUGCUUUCAUGUAAACAACAAGCUUAGUCAGUAGUCAAGAACAAAAGAGGACUAUAUCAGCAUAAACUUGGCUUCUCUGUGCUACAUAACAUUUAAAUACACACAGAAAAUAACUUUAGUUGUUGUUGUAGUGCUAAUUUAUUUCAGAUUUUAACUCAUUUAUGCAAUCAUUCUAAUUCUUAUAUUUCUAUAUACCUGAUCUUUGUUCCCAGAAUUGUGACAAACAAGCUUCUGAUGUCAAUUAUCAUCAUUCUUGAACUUGCCAUCCUUGGGGGCUUAGUGUACUAUAAAUUCUUUAGCAAAAGAUGAUCAAUGGACCUUUCUCACAAACUGUUUGUGUUCCGUUGGAGGAUUGCGCAUUUUUCCACAGAAGCAGAUGCCGGGAUCUUCUGCUCUUCACCAGACUUAUAAAAACUGAAAUCGCUUGUAAAAUAAUAUAAAAAUCCUUGUACUGAAAAACUACCUGUAUUCCAGAAACCUUGGCCUGGUGGAAAGCUUCAGUAUUCUUUGGAUAAGACUGGUAUUAGCAUUAUGUUGUUUAACCAAUUAUGAAAUGUUUCUUUGACAAAAAUGUGAAUUAACGAUAAAAUGUCUCUAAUUUAAAAAUUGUAUGUUAAUUAUUAUGAAAUAUAUUUCCCAUCCUACACAUCCCCCUCCCCCCCCACUCCAGUUGACUGAUAAGAUGGUGGCCAGCAAAUCUCUCUAAGCUGCUGUUUCAUAAAUUGUACUAAAAAGAUAAAUAGUUGGAGUAAUAGUUAAUAAAACUGCAUAAUAUAAUGCCAUAUAAUAUACCUAUAUUAAAAAAAAUAGGAAUUCCUGGCACUCUAAGACAACUCCCAGUCAUAAUGGGGAAGUUCAAUAUUCACUUAAAGGAUAACUGUCAUUGUGGUUUUUUUUUUUUUGUUUUUUUUUUUUUUUAUAUCAUAAUAUAAUCUUUGGUAUAAUACACCAUCUAGUUUUUAUUUUUUAUAUAUAUAUUUAUUUCCUUUCAUGUUUAGUGAACUUUAUUAAAUCAUUUGCCUACUUGUUCGCUUUUUCUUUUGACAGCCAUGUUAUAUAUUUUCGGUCAGACUAUCCGUUACCAAAGCCAGAGCUCAAUAAUUUCCAACCAUCUGUAGCUUUUUAAAUUUACCGGACAGAAAAUACUGCAUGUAGAAAGAGCUCACAAUUUUCAAAAGCCGUUUUAUGUUGUAAACCAGCAUUGGCAGGGAUAUCUGACAGUCUGACCCAAGAUAAGUUGUACAAAGAUACAUGAUGGGUGUCAGGGGGAGUGGGAUUGGUAGGCAAGUGAUUUUCUUCAAUAUAUGUGAAUUAAAAAAAAAAAAAUUAGUAUAACAUAACCAGGAUUAUUUACUAAUGUGAGAAUGGUUGGGAAUUCAAAUUAAAUUUAAGGCCAGUGUAGCCAAACUGAAAGCAAAGCUGAUUUUGAGAUCUUUUCCAGCUCAGUUAUUUUGGUCUUGAAUUUGCAAUUCACUCUGAAUUCCUGACUUUUUCCACUCUAGUGAAUAACCCUGUAGGAUUAAGAUAUUACACAUCUUUUUGAUGACCGUUAUCUUUUAAAAAGUGAGAAUGCUUUGCAAAGAGAGGCUGUGGCACUUUUAUCCCUUUCGGCAUCGCUGAAAUAUGAAUGUAGUUCAGCCUUGCCAAAAAAAGUAGUGGAUCAGUGGAAGGGCCGAAUCCAGUGGUAAAAAAAAGUAUUUUGAAUUUAUGAGGCAUGAUGGAACUCAGGCACCCCCUAAUUUAAAUUUGCCCCACCACUUCUUGUCAAGGCCACACCCCUUCAUGUUAAAGACUAACACACGCUUUGACUGACAUACACGCAUAUACCCACACACACACACACGCUCACUGAUUUGACACAAUCACUGACAACCACACUCACAGGCACGCACUGACAAACACACACUCACAGGCUCGCACUGACAAACACACACACACAAACUCACGGAAACACACAUUCACUCAUUCAAUCACUCAGACACACUGACCGAUCUAAUCACACAUUCACUGACACACAUGCACUGACAUACACAGACACAUUUCCCCCAAACAUUUACAAAUAAUUAUUUACUUUUAGUUUAAAUCCACGCAGCCUCUCUACCUUUGGGUGAACUGAGUGGAUUUUUACCUGGGCGUGCAGGCAGGCAUGCCGGAUGGAGAGUGGACAGGCAAGGGGGGGAGUGGGUGCGCGAAAUAGGCGGUGAGGGAGCUGUGAUCUUCCUGCUCAGCUCCCUCGCGCGCCACUUAGUGAUGUCACAUUACGGCUGUUGGCAGGUUGCGUGAGGGAGCUGAGCAGGAAGAGCUGAGAUCAGCGCUGCCUCGCCGCCCAUCUGUAAAAUAAAUUGUCCAUUGGGGGGGGGCUAUAAUCAAUGUUCAAAUGUGUUGCUCAUCUGUCCACAUGUCAUUUCAUAGGCCUAACCUGUAUUCAUUAUUUUUUUUUUUUUUUAAACUAUAUGUGGGAAUAUGUGUUAGUCCUUCUUGAGUGGAUGUAACUGUGAAUAUCUGUUUCAUGGGAAAUUUCAGAAUUGAGCAAAAGACAUCCACGACCGUUGUAGAAUGUUGUUGGGUAAGAUCUUUCAUGGUGAUUUCACUCUUCUAUUUGAUCUGUUAAUCACCACAACACAACUCCAAUAAACAUGAUUGGUCCACUUACAAGCAUUAUGAAAGCUAUAAGUGCUUUAAUUUUACAAACAUUUAAGUAUCCCCAUACUACGAUUCACAUAUAUUGACAGACACACAUAACAUUCUCGUCUAUUGCCAGGUGAAAAAGCCAUACUUCAGACGGUUGCAUGCCCACUUGCACCUUUUGCAGGUGUCUAAAUUGACACCUUAAAUUGUCUCUACACUCUGCAUUUUUUUAUGCACCUUUUUGAAUUGUAUAUUGGUACUGAAUUAAAGGGAUUUUAUUUGUAUUUAAUAUAUGAGUGCAAUUACUAAUUUAUUUAUUUUUGUUUCUCAAACUACAGCCAUGAGAUAUUAAAACAGUGAAACAAUGAUCAUGGGAAUAUGUGUAAUAAAACAUUAAUACAUUUCACUUUUUAGUCUGUGUAAUGAGGGCACAAAUAAAUAAAUUAUUAUUAUUA